AUGUCGGCCUCUGGCACCGCCCUCUCUGCCAUCCUCUUCGCGGUCCUGGCAGCGGCCGCCUUCGCCGCCACGGCCCCGGCGCCCAGCCCCCUCGGCGCCCCGAUCCCUGCGCCAGCGAACGCACCACCCAAGGCUGCCCCCACCAUGGCCCCCGCCCCCGCCAAGACGCCCGCGAAGGCGCCCCCCGCCCCUGCGCCGGCGAAGAAGGCUCCUGCCGCCGCGCCGGUCUCCGAGAGCGUCAUCUCGGCGCCGUCAGGGGCCCCGGUGGCGGCCGCGCCCGGCCCGAGCAUGCCGCCAAAGAGUGCCGCGGCACCUGCACCUGGCUCCGCAGGCCUCGUGACCCUUGCGGCGGUUGUCGCGGCCGUCGCGGUGCACGCUUUCUAA